GUGGCCUUCUCACCGGUCGGUACUUGCAGUUUCUUCUCUGUUUGGGUGCUCCAGUUCACACACGCUGCUAUUUGUUUGUCUGCCUUUUGUAUUGUUGAAAUUCAACAAAGUCUUGAGUAGAGCGAGGCGGACGCUGGAACUUGGAAUCGGGAAGCGGCAGCAUGUCCACGGCGCUGGAGAGCUACAUUAACCGUACGGUGGCUAUCGUGACGUCAGACGGAAGGAUGAUUGUGGGCACACUCAAGGGCUUCGACCAGACCAUCAACUUGAUCUUGGACGAGAGUCACGAGCGCGUGUUCAGCUCGGGUCAGGGCGUGGAGCAAGUGGUUCUGGGACUUUACAUUGUGCGGGGAGACAACGUAGCCGUGAUCGGCGAAAUCGACGAGGAGACCGAUUCCACGCUGGACCUGGGCAACAUCCGAGCCGAGCCGCUCAAUUCCGUCGUCCAUUGAUACCGUUGUUUGUUUUGAUUUUUUACCAAUCGUUUUCUGUUCAUGUUUUAUGCUUUCAAUGCUUUAAUAAAAGUCGAUGACAUAUGGA